GGGAACCCGGUUGUUAAAAACAAACCUCGUGGAUUUACGACGGGUUCUCGCUUGAUUGAUGUAAAGAAAUAUUUCGCUUUUCUUCUGAAAUCUUGGCUACCAUGAGCAAGAACAAGUUGUUAACGCUAGUACUAGUUCAUGAUAGCGUUAGAGUUUUGCUCGGCAUGAAGAAGAGAGGUUUUGGCGUGGGUCGGUGGAACGGGUUUGGCGGGAAAGUUGAGUGUGGAGAAACGAUAGAGCAGGCUGCAAGACGUGAGUUACUGGAAGAAUCAGGUCUCACUGCAACACGUCUUGAGGAGGCAGGAAUACUCAUGUUUGAGUUCAAGGGAGACCCUGUUAUUUUGGAGGUUCAUGUGUUUAGAUCAGAAGAAUUUACAGGAGAACCAACCGAAACAGAAGAAAUGAGACCUCAUUGGUUUGAAAAUAGUGCAAUUCCAUUUGACGAGAUGUGGCCUGAUGAUAUCCUAUGGUUUCCACAUUUUCUGAAGAAAGAGAAGUUUGAGGGAUAUUUUCUGUUUGAAGGACUAUCAAAGAUACUAGAUUAUAAACUUGAUGUGUUGUGAUAAUCUCUAGCUAGUUUUAGUUUACACUUGGCAGUGGGCAGUGAAUAGGAUAUGAGUUAUAUAAUGGUAAAAAAAACUCUUGUUUUUGUUGUUGAGAGCUCGGCUGUCCAUUUUUUGCAGAGAAAAUCUGGAAUUUGCCAUCACCACCACCCUUAAAAUAUAUUUUUUCGGCUGGCGCUAGGCAAAAUUAUGUUGCACGUUCAAGAUGCAGAAAAAAGAAAAUGUUGUCCUGCUUUGAGCAGCUCUUUUAUCAAAUCAUUUUCUCCACUUUGUCACUGACAGGUGUUAACUGCAGGGUGGGAUGGACGCAGGUUGGAUUGCUGGGUGACUCAGAUUUCCAGGUUGUUGUUUGUGUGAGCAAAGGACAAACUUGAGUAUCAAGUUCCUAACAGCUUCUGCAAAUAUGUUACCAAUAAGAGUGACAAUAAAAAGCUAGUCCAAGCAUGGGAGUGAGGCUAUAAUGUUCAUAUGGCUUUUCAUUGGUCAAAGUUUUUAACAAUUUUGCCACUAUUGAACUUCUUAAAUAUGUAGCUUUCUGGAUACUUGAUUCGCAAGUUUGUCCAUUCACAGAAACACAAGCAAUGGACUCUAAUUAACCCUGCAAUUUACAAUUUAUCUGCCACAGAAAGAGAAGACCACUUUGUUCCUGUUCCAUUAAUAUCUUCUCUUCCUUGUGUCAGGAGCUUGUUAGGAAAGCUUGUAUCUCUGGAGUUUGCCUUGUGCUUCUUUUGCCUCCAUGCUUGAUGUUAACUGGGAAAUGGAAACCAGUGACACAGCCUUCCAGAUUAUCUAGCUUUCCACAUGAUUGGCACUAUAACAACAGACAAAAAUAAACCAAUUAGAUGGU